AUGCGUUACAUUCACACCGAGGAGACCUUGGAGGUGCCUGAGGGCGUCUCCGUCCAGAUCAAGGCCCGCAAGGUCACCGUCACCGGUCCCCGUGGCAAGCUGUCCAAGGAUCUGUCCCACUUGGCAGUCAACUUCUCCCACCCCAAGACGAACGUGAUCGGAAUAGAAAUCCACCACGGCAACCGCAAGAACGUCGCCGCCCUCCGCACUGUCCGUUCCCUCAUCAACAACUUGAUCAUCGGUGUCACCAAGGGCUUCAAGUACAAGAUGCGCUACGUCUACGCCCAUUUCCCCAUCAACGUGAACAUCGACAAGAACUCCGAGACCGACCAGUACGAGGUCGAGAUCCGUAACUUCAUCGGCGAGAAGCUCGUCCGCAGAGUCGUCAUGCGCUCCGGUGUCGACGUCGAGGUCUCCACCGCCCAGAAGGACGAGCUCGUCCUGUCCGGCAACUCCCUGGAGGAUGUCUCGCAAAGUGCCGCCGAUAUCCAGCAGAUCUGCAAGGUGCGCAACAAGGAUAUCCGUAAGUUCUUGGACGGUAUGUACGUGUCCGAGAAGGGCAACAUCGUCGACGAGGCUUAA